AUGAGUAGUAUAUCUUUGGGUGCCUCAGCUACUGGUAUAGGUACUACAUGCUUAGCAUUAGCAGGAGCUACUGUGGUGCCUUUUGUUGGUUGGACAGUUGCUGGAGUAACGGUGACUACUUUGGUUGCUAAAAAUUGCGUUGAUAAAACUGUACUAAAGUCCAAUUAAGAAGAAGUUGAAAAAGAAGUGAAAAUAGUUGUGGAUUUAAUGAGGCAGGUCUAAUAAAUUAUGGGAGUUCUAUAAAAAUUAAAGGAAAUAGAGGAAAAAUCUUCCUCACUCAAAAAACUAUUUGUGUUUUUAAUAAUCAAAGCUAUCAAGGAAAAUGCAGACAUUUAAGAUUCUCAACUCAAAUAGAAAGUCAUUGAAGAAUAUGUGAAAUACAAAGAGAAAAGUUUGGACCAUUAAAUCCUUUCAACCAAUAUUUCUUCAGCGGAAGAGGAGUUCAAGUUUCAAGAAUUCGGAAAUUAAUAUUUUAGUUCUAUUGGAAAUAAUCUCUCUAAUGGAGGAAUAUAAAUUCUUUAGCUACCAUAAAAAGUAGAAUACUUAACAAGAAAUGGCAAAAAAAUCUAUUAAGUUUCUAGAAUAGGCUUUGAGUCUAUUGGAGAACUUCAGACAGCUUAGAAUCUUGGAGGAUUUGCUUCCAAAGCUGCUGGCACAGAUGGAAUAAGAUUGAUUGGAGAGAAUACUAAGGCUUUCAGACAUAUUCAAAGAUUCAAUGUUGACAAAGUUAAAGCUUUAGGAGGAGCAGCCAAAGUAACUCAAAGUUUAGGAAUAGCCUUUGGAGUCCUAGGCUUUGCAAUUGAGACAUACUCAGUCUUCUAAUUUGAAGCUGACUACAAUAAGAAUAUAACAAAGAUGGAUAAUUUCGAGAAAGCAAUUAAUGAAUUAAAGGAAAAAUUACCAAAAAUUCUAGAAUUUAUUUUCAAUUUUGAAUCUCAAGGUCUUUAACAUUAAGAAGAAUGA